AUGACACCUGUAACUCCCCCGACAAGAGGCCUUGUCCUCCCUUGUCCCACUUCUCCAUCCAAGGCCUCUUUCUCCUAUAAGAUGACAUUGGGCAGUGAAGUCUCCGAUGAUACACUAAAAUUGUGUGCCAAUUUGUUCAGUUCCAACUACGGUAUCUGGGGCAAUCAGGCAGCUACAAUCUCCGAAUUUACUGUAGCUGGAAAACAGGUCAAAAUGACUGGUUCACGACUACGAUCCCAGUGUUUGUCUCACCCGGAGAGUAGUGUUUUGGUGACUUGCUAUAUCCAAGUCGACCCACUGGAGAGUGAGCAUCCUCAACUUUACGGACACACAUUUGCCACGGUCUGGGGCUAUGGUGAAAAUAAAGUUGGCUGGGUGACACAGCUUGUCGUCGAUGAAGCAGUCCGUCAGCGAUACAUCACAACCCACCUCUUGCAAACUCUGAAGUGCCAUGCUUUAUUCUCUUGUGUUAACAUCAUUGGUCUCGUCUCGUCUCACCCCGCUGCUUGCAAUGCAUUGGCAAAAUAUGCUGCUGCUAAUAUAAAGGACAUUGAAUUGGACUUCAUCCGUCAACAUGCAGAGGGCAUUCUGGCAUCUUCCCCCAUUAGCUAUCUAAAGGCCGCUCAACUCAGGGGUUCACUCUUCCAAAACAGCUGCGACAACGGAGCUAUAUCAUCUGUGUUCACCGAGUUCUAUGUUGACCAUACUGAGCCUUUAGCGGUGUUGGAACAGUACAAGAAAAAAGGUCAAUGGUGCUUGGGUGAUCUUCUUGACGGACAUGAGUUUCUUGCUGUUUUUCCCAUUGCGCCCGUGAGCCCAGUUCGCGACAAUAACUAA